CCGCCGCCGCCACGACUGCCUGUUCUGUACCGUAUACACACGGCGCGUGCCUCGAGAGUCGAGCCUGCUGACACUACGCGCUCGGCGCUCUUACUGUGCGGACGGAUCGUCAAGCGCUCUUAGACCAAGUGUUGUUAAGCCUACAGCAUUAGUACGCGUGUCGCGCUACGAUCUUUGUUGUUUCUUUUGGUUUAUUACAAUUAACUGGCUUGUUCGUACAUUCAGUUUUGCUUUUUCACAUUUAACUGUGUGCCCAGUUUAUUGUGAUUUGUUUUCAUACAAGUGUCGUAACAGCGUGACAGUGGCCGUACCUUUUUAACAAGGCAUAUACAAGCUGCAACGCGUGUGUACUACGAAUCGUAGAAAUAAGACAGGAUGUGAUAUGCUAAAGAAGAGCAGCAGUUUAAUCACGCGAUUUCUCCGAUUUCGUGUCAGUGACAAGUGAUUGUCGGUCGAAAAUCCGUCUUUGUUUCUCUAAAAUUUCAAAGUCAGCUUGCUGCUGACGCGAGAAUGUUAGUUACCGGGACGAGGUGGCAGUAGCCCAUCUCAUUGUGAGUGCGACUGAGUCACAAACACACACUCGCCUACAUCGAAAGAGAGAGAGAGAGAGACCGAAUGACCCAGCGUUUGUUGUGUCGAUGAGUUUUGGAUUACGAGAGGCGGCAGCCGCAACAAUAGUACAACCUAUCCUGCACGGAGAAAGGGACGAGACGCACGCGUGACUGCGUGUGUCUGUGCCAGACCCACCGAUUUCACCAAUGCAGAGUCAACACGCGAUGGCGCACCAGAGCUACAACACCGUGGCCUACAACCAGCGAGGCCCGAUGACAGGCAUGACACCGAUGGGAAUGGCCAAUUACGGCAACAUGACCUCGGUCAACCCCAUGAUGUCCAUGAACUCGAUGGCCAACAUGAAUCACAACGUCAGUCCCAUGAACCACAUGAUGAUGGGCGCUGGCGUGAACGGCAUGAACGGCAUGGCCAACAUCCCGCCCAUGAGUCCAAUGACCAGCAUGAACAACGUCGGCAUGAUGAACAGCGCAAUGGGCAGCGCCGGCGUGCCCAUGAACAAAAUGACCAUGCAGACGCAGCAGGCGGCAUACGCGAGGCAACGAAUGGCACCGUACCCAUCCCAGGUCAUGCACGCCACGCCGAAGCGCAUGACCCAGCAGCAGUCCGUGCCGCAGCAAUCGGUGCAGCCGAAUCCCUACGCUGGCAUCGCGCCGGGCAUGGCGUACGCCGCGGCCGCUCAGCCCCAGAUCGGCCCGCAGCAGCAGCAGCAACAGGUCUACCCGAACGGCUACGCGGCGAGGCCGACCUCGUUUCCGCAGCAGCCGCCGCACCCCAUGCAAACGCCGCCGCAGCAGCAGCAACAGUACCAGCAGGCGAUGCAGCCCCAGAUUAGCCCGGUGAUGAUGCGAGGCGCCGCCACCGCUCGGCAACAGGCCCAGCAGCAGCAGGUCCAGCAGCAGCAGGUCCAGCAGCAGCAGGUCCAGCAGCAGCAGCAGGUUCAGCAGCCGCAACCGAUGAACCCGGCUUACGCGUCCAGCCAGGCUAGUCAGUACUACGCUGCCGCGGCCGCGGCCGCCCAGAACUCCAUGCAGUCGCAGCAGCUGAGCUCCCAACACACGUCUCAGCACACGAUGGCGUUGCAGCAGCAACAGAUGAGCUCGGGUCUGUACUCGCAACAGCAGGCGGCCGUCGCGGCGGCGCAACAGCAGCAGCAGCAACAGCAGCAACAGCAGCAGCAGCAACAGCAGCAGCAGCAGCAACAGCAGCAGCAGCAGUACGUGGCCCAGCAGAACGCCGCCAACUCGUACCUGAGCAGUGCCCAGUAUACACCGGACAAUACGUCGCCGAUGCGUUCGGCUCCCAAUGGCAGCUAUCAACAGAGCCCCAUUCCGGGCAACCCCACACCACCGCUGACACCUGCCUCGAAUGCUUCCAGCAUGCCAGUCUACGCCGAUGCCAAGUCGGUGAUGCCAAAGGACGAGGAGCUGAGACUAACAUUCCCCGUGCGAGACGGCACGCUCCUGCACCCGUUCCGCUUGGAGCACAAUCUUGCGGUGAGCAACCACGUAUUCCAGCUAAAAUCAACGGUCCAUCAAACGCUGCUGUGGCGAUCGGACCUGGAGCUGCAGCUCAAGUGCUUCCACCACGAGGACAGAGCGACCAACACCAAUUGGCCGCAGAGCGUGCAAAUAUCGGUGAACGCCACGCCGCUGGUGAUCUACCGCGGCGAGGACAAAUCGUCGCACAAACCGCUCUACCUUAAGCAUAUCUGUCAGCCUGGACGCAACACUAUCCAGAUCACCGUUUCGGCUUGCUGCUGCUCACACCUAUUCGUGCUGCAGUUGGUGCAUCGACCAACCGUGCAAAGUGUCUUGCAAGGACUGCUGCGUAAAAGAUUACUGCCCGCGGAGACCGGUGUUGCCAAGAUCCGCAAAAAUUUCAGUAGCGCAGGAAUGCCUGGCACCGAAAAGGACGUCAUCGAACAGACUUCCAUUAAGGUGUCGCUGAAGUGUCCUAUUACUUUCAAACGAAUAACUCUCCCCGCGAGAGGCAUGGAUUGCAAACACAUUCAGUGCUUCGAUCUCGAAUCGUAUCUGCAACUUAAUUGCGAACGAGGAAGUUGGAGGUGUCCAGUAUGCUCUAAAGCAGCGCAACUGGAAGGCCUCGAGGUAGACCAGUACAUGUGGGCCAUUCUCAAUAAUACGACCCAGCCGGAAAUCGACGAGGUAACGAUAGACUCACAGGCUAAUUGGAAGGCAAAGCGACCGGACGAGGAUGGCGAAUGCAAGAGAAACAGCAUGACCAAGGCCAUGUCACCAGGCAGCACGAAUUUACCGACAAUGAAUAGCUGGAUGGACGGAAACCAGGCGAUGAGUCCGUUCAUGAAUCCACCCGAUAUGAGCACUAUUGCCAGCGGUUCCAUGGUGAAUGCAAACCAACAGUCUCAACAGCAGCAACAGCAGCAACAGCAGCAGCAGCAGCAGCAGCAGCAAGCUUACGGUGCCCGAAAUCCCGGCACGCCGUCCUCGCAGACAAAUCCAUUGGGCGAUUUGGGAUUAACAGCUGCUCAAGUGGACUACGCGUCGACGAAUCCAUUGUCGCACUUGAGCGAGUCGCUGGAUCAUCUGAACGCCAUCGACAAGACACUUUGCGAUCAGAUGCCCCACACGCCGCACACACCCCACACGCCGGGCAACGCUGGCGGAAAUAGCGGCCCCCCGAGCGUCGCCGCAGCCUCCGUUGGCCAAGACAACAGUAGCAACAAUCUCAAUGCGUCCGCUGGAAGUGGAAUCGCCGACACAUCCGACAUGAUCGCCUCCGAUCUCAACUUUGAUCCUACCACAGUCAUCGACACUGACACAGGAACGGAAGCUCUUAGCCAACUGUUGCCAGACAGCGUAGUAGAUCCGAUGGAGCUGCUGUCAUACUUGGACCCACCGGACCUAAACACUCCGCCAAGCAGCGGGGCGAGCAGCGGAAAUCCGCCGUCGAACGACGACAUACUCUCUCUGUUCGAGUAAAUUAGCACACGGCGGCUGCGUCGGGGCAGCGCGUAGUUUGCAGCUGCAGCAUGCAGAAGAAGGAGAGAGACUCGCUCAAGCGCCAGCCAACGCGCACGCACGCAUUCAUUCGUGCAUGCAUAUGUGCACACAGAGGCACGCGCGCGCGAAAGCAGACAUGUGUAUAGAAGAAGCGGGGGAGAGCGAGAAACCGCAUCGAGCGAGCGACAGGCGCCAGCCGAAGGGCACCUAGAGAUAUACAUUGUCGUUCGAAGGCCGAUAUUUUCCGAUGUCUCUCUCCAAAUGUUCCUAGACUUGCGCCCGCAAUCAAAUGCCGGACGAUAAAACGACUUGCAGUGCGUGUGUCGAGAACUCCAAUCGCGAUUGAACCCCCUCCCUCCCUCUCCCCUUCAACAAUCUUGUAACCCUUCGCCCCACCCCCCUCCCGCAUCGACAUGGUACAAAGCAGAAAAAAAAACAUUUUAGUUAUAAUUGUAAGUAAGAUUAUAGGAUUCCUAUCGACAAACCAGCUAUGCCGGAGCUACUACGCGAAGCUCUCUCUCACACUCUUCGAACGUAAUAUUAAAAAAAAGACAACGUGUGUGUAUCGGCGUCCGUCGUACAUUUUAGUAGAGAACAAUAGUAGUCAGUGUCGCUGCUUCUAUAAAUGCAAAGUCUAUAAUAACUACCACUACUACAACUACUACAACUACUACUUACUACUACUACUACUACUACUACUACUACUACUACUACUACUACUACUACUACUACUACUACUACUACUACUACCACUACUAUAACUACUACUACUUCUAUUGGAAGAUCGAGAGAGAAGGCAGCGAAGGAAAACUAGGGUGUGCGGUACAUGCGCCACGUAUUUAUAGUCGAAGUAUAGCAUUGGUGGGAGCUUUCAGGGAUCUUCCAACGCGCGGCGCACUUUUCUUUUCGACUGCGAGAUUUUAGAAGCUUUUGGAUGUAGGAUCGAUGAUGACGCUCGUAACGAGAAUUAAUUUAUUGCCUGUACAGUCGAUUCUCCGUUCCGAGUGUUUCAUCGCGCAUUGGUGUGGAGAUGAUGCUGACAAGCUCUUGUGCUGUAAAAUUUUUCGAGAUAAAUUCUUUCUGUAUAUUUUCGAGAGUCCAUCGUACUCUUACUGUAAAGUUUUUAAUCCUAUUUUUUAUUCCUCGUUAAAAGUUUUUAAUAAAAAACAGAGUUUUUUCAAAUAAACAUGUAAUUCAUUGGUUUUCCCCUUGAAAAUCGGUGAUGAUCGUACUAAAAAAAUAAAGUAAUCCAAAAAAAUAACAAAAAAAAAUCUUUGAAAUGUCCCGACGAAAAAAAAACGCUGGACGUUUUCAAAUGUGUACGUGUGUGUAAUUUUUCUCGAAAUUCGAUGAUAAAUAUAAAAUAUAUAUAACGUGUUGUGAAUUGCAUAACUUUCUCCGACCAAUGACGUUUUAGAAAAAAAGAGAGUAACUUCAAAAGUUUCUUAUCUCACGAUCGUUAUAUGCGCUGAAGUUUUGAAAGUGAGGAAAAAAAAAACUGAGAAACAACACAAAAGAUCCUUGGAAGCUUGGCGCGUGUCGCACACGUGAGAAGUCAAAGUCUAUUAGCAAAAAGAAUAAGAAAACCAAUACUUGCAUGAACUGACGAAAAACCGGAGAAUAGUCGCUGGUGAAUUGCGUAAGCCAGAUAAAUGAGUAGCGUAACGAGUGUGUGCAAAUUCGCAGUUUCGAUUUGCUGUCGGCAAGCGAGGUAUACACGGGGAAAAAGCAGACGAAGGAAUCGCGAGAGAGGCUAAUAGACGGGAAACAGAAGAUUGCGAGUAAACACUGCCACUGUGUCGUCGCGAAUAUUGACUAACACAGUGUUAUAUCUUUAGGAGAACAGAACACGUUAUACACGUAACAAAAGCGAGGAAGAAAAAUCACUAUUGUGACAUGCACAUUAUUCGAACACACACAAGUACACAAAAGCAACACCUGCGUAGCCUAGUUAGAUGUGCAGGUCAUUAAGUGGAAACUUCAGUAAUUAAACUCUAAUUUAUAAAGGGACAAAUUAAUAAAGAUGCAGAGGCGUCGUGUUUUCACUCGGUUUGAGCGAGCACUACGUACUCGAAUUAGCUAAUCAGUUCAUUCUCUCCUGUUACGAAGAAGAGCCAAGGAAACGCGUAACGACGAGUAAAUAAUGACUACAAGCUUGCGAGGCAAAGCAAGACCAAUUAAUGUGAAAAACUUUAAAACCCUCAGCUCUUAAUUUCUUUCCGUCGUAUUUUUACGUCGAAUAUCGACCAAAACUAUUAUUGAUCUAUUACUCGUCCUGGCGCGUUUCUCUCGGGCUUUCUCCAAGGAGAUUAUUAGAUAUAUUACAGAUUAUGCAAAUUUUAUAAAACAUUGUGUGUAAAUAAGACAAAACAAAAAAGUUAUACGUGAUAACAAUGUCAUAUACAACGCGAUAGAUAAGGAGAUAGAACUCCGUGUGAGAAAGAAAGGAGAAAAAUAUUAUACGUGUAGAUGUAUCGUUAAAGUGAAAGAUAAUGAAAUCCAUGCAAAAAAAUACUUAUUAUAAAAUAGCAACAUACAUGCCUCGGAUCGAGUUUCUAUUGACGCAAAAAUAGAACGAUUAAACAUAAACGAUGUUACUUUAGUAACGUGUAUCUAGUUUAAGUAAAAGCAUUGUAAAUAUUAAUUAUUUGUACAUAUAAAGAAUUACAUAAAUAAUAUUAAAAAGAGGUGUCAGCUAUUAUACAUUUAUCGAUCAGAAGAAAUUAACGUUACUGUCCUUGACAAAUUUUAUUUCCGUUUUUUUUUCAUUAUCUUGAUACAUUACGUCUGCACACGCAAAAGAAAACACAUUCAAUAUUCUAUACUACAUUUAUAUAUGGCUGUGAUAGGCAGAAAAAGAAAAUUUUCCGUUGUUGAUUACAGACUAUCAUUUGACAUUUAUCCUUAGAUUUACCUUAGUACAUACGGACACUUUAAUUUUCAGUAUUGGAAUAUCUUUAUUCGUACGAAUAAUUUGAAGGUAUUAAAAAAACUAUCCUCAAUAUACCGCCAUUAUUGAAUCGUAGUACAUUAUAAAAUUAAAUUUAAUAUAUUAAUAAAUCCUUUAACUCUAAAUCUUUUGUAGUUAUUUACAUGUAAAACUGGAAGCAAAACCAUUAUUAGAGCUUAUCGCGUAGCAUUUAUACAAAAAAAUGUGUGUAUCCAAAAAACUUUAUUUUUUAACGUCUUUCUUAUUAUUUUCAUUAUAAUUAAAAAUUGUUUAGUUUGGAUUUUGACUGUAUAAUAAUUA